AUGAUUGGUACUCUUUCCCGUGGACUUCGCACGGCGCCUACCGCGAGCAGGCUUGCGUCCCAAUCGCUGCGCGGCAGCACUGUGGCCGGCUUGACUCGCGCUGGUGUGCGUUUCAACUCGAACAGCAAAGCGACCGGACCCGUGAUUGGUGUCGAUUUGGGCACCACUAACUCGUGUGUCGCCGUCAUGGAGGGCCAGCAAGCCCGCGUCAUUGAGAACUCUGAGGGCGGCCGCACCACGCCCUCGGUGGUUGCAUUCACCAAGGACGACGAGCGCCUCGUCGGUCUUCCUGCCAAGCGCCAGGCCGUGGUGAACCCCGAAGCGACGCUCUUUGCCACGAAGCGUCUCAUUGGCCGCAAGUUUACUGACGCCGAGGUGCAAAAGGACCUUGGAAACGUGCCUUUCAAGAUUGUCCCGCACAGCAACGGCGAUGCUUGGGUCGAGGCGCGCGGCAAGACGUACUCUCCUUCGCAAAUCGGCGCCUUUGUCGUGGGCAAGCUCAAGGAGACUGCUGGCGGCUACCUCGGCAAGUCUGUCAAACAUGCCGUUAUUACUGUGCCUGCCUACUUUAACGACUCCCAGCGCCAAGCCACCAAGGAUGCCGGCACGAUUGCCGGCCUCGACGUGCUGCGUGUGAUUAAUGAGCCCACUGCCGCUGCGCUUGCCUACGGUCUUGAGCGUCACGACAACGCCACUAUUGCCGUGUUUGACUUGGGCGGUGGUACGUUUGACGUGUCUAUUCUCGAAAUGUCCAAGGGCGUGUUUGAGGUCAAGUCGACCAACGGUGACACCCAUCUUGGUGGUGAAGACUUCGACAUUGUCAUUGUCGAGCACCUUGUCAAGGAUUUCCAGAAGGAAAGUGGCAUCGACCUUAGCAAGGACCGCAUGGCGAUUCAGCGUAUCCGCGAGGCUGCCGAGAAGGCCAAGAUUGAGCUUUCCAGCACCUCGUCCACUGAUAUUAGCCUGCCCUACAUUACUGCGGACGCAUCUGGCCCCAAGCACAUCAACUCCAAGAUUACCCGCGCGCAACUUGAGGGCAUGUGUGCCAAGCUUAUCCAGCGCACGGUCGAGCCGUGCAAAAAGGCGCUUGCCGAUGCUGGCGUGAAGAGCAACGAGAUUCAGGACGUGAUUAUGGUCGGUGGUAUGAGCCGUAUGCCCAAGGUCGCCGACACAGUCAAGGACAUCUUUAAGCGUGACCCCUCUAAAGGCGUCAACCCCGACGAGGCCGUCGCCAUUGGCGCUGCAAUUCAGGGCGGUGUUCUUUCGGGCCACGUCACCGACAUUCUCUUGCUCGAUGUGACGCCGCUUUCGCUCGGCAUCCAGACUUUGGGCGGCGUAUUCACGCGCCUUAUCAACCGCAACACGACUAUUCCUACCAAAAAGAGCCAAGUCUUUUCUACUGCCGCGGAUGGUCAGACGGCAGUUGAUAUCCAAGUCUACCAGGGCGAGCGCGAACUUGUGCGCGACAACAAGCUGCUUGGCAACUUCCAGCUUACCGGUAUUCCUCCCGCGCCCAAAGGCGUUCCGCAGAUUGAAGUCACCUUUGACAUUGACGCCGACGGUAUCGUAAACGUGGGUGCCAAAGACAAGGCCACGAAUAAGGACCAGAGUAUGACCAUUGCUGCUGGCUCCGGUCUCUCGGACCAGGAGAUUGAGCGCAUGGUCAACGAAGCCGAACAGCACGCCGAGACCGACAAGGAGCGUCGUGUGGUCAUUGAGGAGUCUAACCGCGCACAAAGCGUUGCCAGUGAGACAAGCAAGGCGAUGGGCGAAUUUAAGGACCAGCUCGACAAGGAGGAGGCCGACAAGGUCCAGGCCCUUGUCUCCGAGCUCGAGGCGAUCGCCAGCAAAGGCAUCUCGGGCGAGGCACCAGUGACUGCCGAGGAAAUUAAGGGCAAGAUUGACGAGACGCAGCAAGCGUCCCUGGGUCUUUUCAAAAAGGUAUACGAGAGCCGUGCACAAAACGACCAGGGCGCCAGCCAAAGUUCCGGCCCUGAGGACGGUAAGCAGUAA